AUGAAUGGAAACAGUAAAAUUUGGGAAUCUGCUAGUGAUAUACCAAAUAUAAGGACAUUAUCGGACGGUAUUGGUGGUAAUAACGGUAGUAUGGUAUCUCCUACUACAGUGAAUGAGAGCAGUAAUAAUUUUAGUGGGUCGGGAGGACCAAGUAAUAACGGUGCUAGAGGGUUUUCUGCUUCGCAGGAGAGCUAUGGGAAGAAAAGUAAUUCAUCCAGUAGUUCAGCAGGCAAUGGAGGUGGUUCAGGGGUAAUGAAUAGUAACAGCGGGUCGAAACCCUCGCCGUUGAACGAUGUGUUGGUAUCGGAUGCAAUGGCUAGGAAUUCAAGACAGUUGUUAUAUGCCCAUAUAUAUAACUACCUUGUUCAUAACAAGUACCAUGAAACGGCGAAACGGUUUCUUGAAGAAGCGGAUGUGCCCUUGUCUAAAGUAGUCCCCGAAGGUACAAUGGAUGGUACACAAUUGCUUUACGCAAGAAUGCUUAUGAACUCUCCAGAGACGUUUCUUUUAGAGUGGUGGGAAUCUCUAUGGGCUCUGCAUGGGUUUGUUGAGUCCCAGCCCGAAGAAGUCUUAAUGAGCAAUCCUAUGGGUGGCAUUGGAGCACAGCGUCCCAGCGUUGUACAACCUCAGCAGCAGCCGCAGCAGCAGCCUCAACAACAGCUGACGCAACAGCAGCAGCAGCCUCAACAACAGCGUCAACAACCGGUGAUGGCUAGACAAAUGCAGCCACAAAAUUUUAUGGCUCAACAGCCGCAGCCAGAGGGACAUAUAGGUAUUCAGGGUAUACCACAGGGAAACAUGCGUAUGGGCAGAGCAUCCACAUCAGGUUCACAGCCUGGCUCUUCUGCGGGGCUUUCAAAAGCUGCCCCUCGUCAGUAUGGUUCGGCAGGCAGCGCUUCUAAUAUGAUUAAUACUUCAUAUACCGUACCCCAUAAUAUGGCUACUAUGGGCUAUCCGGUGGUUUACCCACAGUCGUCGCCGGUUAUGAUGAAUACAAAUACACCCAAUGGUAUCAUCCAUCAGCAACCACAGCCGCAGCAGCAGCAGCAUAUUCAGCAAGGAUAUUUUAAUAAACCAGUAGCUGAUAGAUCGGACAGUAGCUCUGGGCAUGUCAAACAGCCACCUGAAUUAGUGAACUAUGUUCAACAACAAGGCCUACAGUUCCAGGAAUUCCAAUAUCCUCAGAAUCAGCAAAGGCAUCAACAAGUCGUCGAUAUUCAAAGACGGCAGAAAAGGCAAAAGAGGGACUCGCCUGUGCAGAAACAGGAUUCACCAAGCAACAAUAAUAUACCAAUAAUUAAUAAUUUCACUUCCAGCACUCCAUUAGGAAAAAAUGGCACUAGGGUUUUGACAAAAUCAGAUCCAAGGCGGCCGUUAAGCUCUGGCAAUCAACAAGCACAAUUAAACUGGAGUAAGCUUCAGCAACAGCAGAAGCAACAGCAACAGCAGCCUCAACAACAGACUCAACAACAGCAAACUCAACCCCAACAGCAGCAGCAACAACAACCACAGCAGCAACAAUCGCAGCAGCAGCAGCAGCAGCAGCAGCAGCAACAACAACAACAACAACAACAACAACAAGCACAGCUUCAAAAACAGCAGCAAGGACAGCAGCAGUUACAAAAAUCUCAGCAGCAGCAGCAACAGCAGCAACAGCAAGGACAGCAGCAGUUACAAAAAUCUCAGCAGCAGCAGCAACAGCAGCAGCAGCAGCAGCAGCAACAACAACAACAACAACAACAACAACAACAACAACAACAACAACAACAACAACAACAACAACAACAACAACAACAACAACAACAACAACAACAACAAGCACAGCUUCAAAAACAGCAGCAACAGCAACAGCAACAGCAACAGCAGCAAGGACAGCUUCAAAAACAACCGCCUCCUCAGCAGCAGCAGCAGCAGCAACCAACGACUCAACAAAAGCAGCAAAAAGAUUUCCAGCAACCAAAUAUGCAACAGUUGGAAUUUAUGAACUCUAUGGGUAUGAUGUUACCUGUAUCAAAUAAUGGAGCAAUUACAAACAUGGAAGAAAAUUCAUUUGCAACGGGCAAUUCAUAUGCACAGCAAUUGAUCUCAGUUACUGGAAAUAAUUCUAUUAGUAGUAACAGCUUAGACCCAUUGUUUUUUCAGCAAACUCAGUUUGCGGGUUCCAAUAAUUCUAAUACUACGGACUCUAAUAACCUAAAAAACGUUGUGUAUCCACAAUUGUCUUCACAGCAGUUCCAGCCUACAAAGAUCUCAGGUCAAGAGAAAAAAGCUUAA